CCGGCGCCCCGCGGCGCCCCAUGGCCUCUCGCGACAGGGAUGCCAUUUCCUGGUACCAGAAGAAGAUCGGGGCCUACGACCAGCAGAUAUGGGAGAAGUCCAUCGAGCAGACCGAGAUGAAGGGCUUCAAAAACAAGCCUAAGAAGAAGGGUCACAUUCAGCCUGAUCUGAUCGACGUGGAUUUAAUCAGAGGCUCUACAUUUGCCAAAGCAAAGCCUGAAAUUCCCUGGACAUCGCUCACUCGGAAGGGAAUUGUGAGAGUUGUAUUUUUUCCAUUAUUCAGCCAGUGGUGGAUACAGGUUACUUCCCAGCGUAUUUUUAUGUGGCUCCUGGUGCUCUAUGUUAUGCAAGUCAUAGCAGUUGUGUUGUAUUUCAUGAUGCCUGUUGUGAAUGCGAGUGAAGUCAUGGGACCGAUGUGCCUUAUGUUGCUGAUGGGAACCGUUCACUGUCAGAUAGUGUCCACCCAGAUCAACAAACCUUCAGGAAACAACGGACUCAGCAGGCGGAGGAGGAAGUUACGCAAAUCUGUGGGUGUCGAUGGGAACAGUUGGUCUUCUCCUGACAAAAACAGUAAAGAAGAGCAGUCUGAAUCUGCAUCCAUUCUUAACAAUUUAUUUAGUAUGCUUUUCCGAAGGAGGAUUAGAAGAGUCAAGUUGGUAGCUGAGAAAGGAACUGAGACAGAAAAUGGUGUGAAUGCUGUGAAUAAUGGCAUUAAACACAGACAUGCCAGAUCUGAAUACAGGCUGUUGCACUUCAAAGAGAAAAAUAAACUUUCCGAUGGGGAAAAGAGCCAUCAGGAUGACUGCACCAACAGAGGUGGCGUUUCUGAUGAGCUUUCGAGCGAGGAGGAUGCUGAAGCAGUGGCACAAAGGAUCUUGUUACGCCAGAAUGUAGAAGGGGCUUCCAGUGACAAUAGCUAUGAAGAGAAGAAAGAGAGGCCUCUUGUUUCUCUGAACCAGGCUGUCUCGCAGGUCAAGCAAGCCCUGAAAGGUGCCAGAGACUCUGAUAGUGUUGUGGAAUCCGAACUAGAAUCCGCAUUAUAUAGUCAGGACUCGAGGUCCUGCCUUAGUGUGGGAUCCCGGAGCUGUAGCGUGACCCGGAGAGACUCAGAAAGUACUCGCCAUGACUCUGAGACAGAAGACAUGCUUUGGGAUGAUCUGCUUCACGGGCCAGAGUGUCGCUCGUCCUGCACCAGCGACAGCGAGGAAAUGAUUGUGAGAGGUACCAGGCGGGAUUUGAAGGAAGAUGUUUUCCAGCAGAACCAUUUGUUUUGGCUGCAGAAUACAAGUCCAGCAUCUGCAAAAGUGAGUGCACUGAUCUGGGAAGGGAAUGACUGCAAGAAGGUGGACAUGUCUGUGCUGGAGAUCAGUGGGAUUAUCAUGAGCAGGGUUAAUGCCUACCAGCAAGGAGUGGGGUAUCAAAUGCUGGGAAACAUCAUCACCAUUGGAUUAGCAUUCCUACCAUUCCUUUACAGACUCUUCCGCACAGAUAACCUGGAGCAGCUGUGCUCCAUUUCUCUAAAGGAGCUUUUGCACAUCUUUUGCGGAGCACCUGCUAGCACCCCUGUCAUUGUUUUGUCUGCGAUCAACUUCCUUGAAAGACUUUGCUUAACCUGGAUGUUUUUCUUCAUGAUGUGUGUUGCUGAGAGAACAUACAAGCAGAGGUUUUUGUUUGCCAAGCUUUUUAGUCACAUUACAUCUGCUCGGAAAGCCAGGAAAUACGAAAUUCCUCACUUUAGACUCAAGAAGGUAGAAAACAUUAAGAUCUGGUUAUCGCUUCGCUCCUAUCUAAAGAGGCGAGGCCCCCAGCGAUCUGUGGAUGUCGUCGUAUCGUCAAUCUUUUUACUGGCUCUUUCAAUUGCUUUUAUAUGCUGUGCCCAGGUUCUUAAGGGUCACAAAACAUUUCUGAAUGCAGCUUACAACUGGGAGUUCCUAAUCUGGGAGGCAGCACUUCUUCUCUUUUUACUACGUUUGGCAUCUUUGGGCUCUGAAACCAACAAGAAAUACAGUAAUAUUUCAAUCUUGCUCACUGAGCAGAUAAACUUAUACCUAAAGAUGGAGAAGAAGCCAAACAAGAAAGAACAGCUGUCUCUAGUAAACAAUGUUUUGAAACUAUCUACAAAGCUACUAAAGGAAUUAGAUACUCCAUUUAGGCUGUAUGGGCUGACCAUGAAUCCACUGAUCUACAAUAUAACGCGUGUUGUAAUACUCUCUGCUGUCUCAGGUGUUAUAAGUGAUCUUCUAGGAUUCAAUAUCAGAUUAUGGAAAAUUAAACCCUGAACUGACCAAACAGCAGCACUCAGCCCUCUUCACCAGAAAGACAGACCAGAGAAGAUAACCAAUAGCCUGGGCAAAAAGCAGAGGGGCUCGCAAACUACGGAAAUCUGCAAUUACGAUUUUUUAAACAGAUUCUCAGCGUACGUAUCAAGUUCUCCCUCUGCUUUACUGCUCUACAACAUACAGAAUAAACUGGUCUAAUGAGUGAAGUCAUCCCAUGGCACGCACACAGCAAAACAGAAUUAACGGGGCCAAAUACUAGUAGCUGGCACUGAAACUAGCAGGAACUGUGUGCAGACAGAGUGGGGCAUCAAACACUACAAGCCAUGCGAGAGCUGCUACUGGAGGGACACCGAUGAUUGCUACAGGUGCCUUGUUUCUGUAAACUCGUCCUGUGCAUGUGACAAGCGAAGUCAGCCCUCCUGUUUCAGUUACCCUCGUCCUUUUUCAGAGAGCUGACAUUUUGCAGUUUGUGCAUCCUGCGUCAGAGCUCUGCUCAGACUGAUGAUACUUAGAGGCAUUUAUCUGAAUGUGCUGAAGAGUAUUUCUCUUCUUAAAAGCUCAGUGUGCUGGGGGCUUUGCCUCUUUAUCCUGAACUGCUGCAGGACGCAGUGACGUUCGGUCUGCGCAAGAUGAAUUCUGCCUCCAUGUUGACAGUGAAGCAAUAUAACAGAUUCCUGCUGGUUGGCUCAUGUUGGGUCUUCUGCAAAGAAGUGAUGAUCAUUUUUUGAAAACAUUGCUACGUGAGAACCACCUUACAACACACACUGCAAGUAAAGCAUUUAUCAACUACAGAGUAUUUUGCUAUGUUUGUUCCCUGGAACACCUCAGUAAUGCUUAGCCCGGGCUCUGUCCCCAGGGCAGCCUGGCGUGUCUUUUCCUGACGCCCAGCUUUGCUCAGUGGCGUGAGGAGCUGUCGCAGCUCCGCACUGCCAUCGUGCCUCACACUGGAAUACCUGAGGAAGAAAUCCAGUGAGAAUCAGUUCAGUGGAAGAGAUGUGGCAAAGACUUCCUCACCCAAAAGCAGAUUAAUGUUUAGAAAGGGCAUAGGAGAGAAACAAAAUGUUUUAAAGACAUCUGUUAAACUUACAUUUUCCUUAACCGACUCUGCUAUCUUCUAUUUGUUAGUAAUGAAAAAAGCAAAAAGCGAGGAACCUUUCCUGGCUUCAUUCUUUCACAGAAGGGGUAAGAUGGCAGAAGAAUUUUUGGUAGUAAAUUGUUUACAGCUAUUUUCUGUACAAGGAGAAGUUGUAAGAUGUAAAAGGAGAUGACAAUUUUAUAUAUCAAAAUGUAGAAAUAAACCUACAGUAUAAGUAUUUCAUCAUUAACAACUGUUUCUACAUGACUUGAUGAUUUUUACAAUACCUUUGUUGAGCAUUUGUUAUUUGAAGAGGGAGUCAAGGAAACUUCCAAUAAUAAACUGCCUUUGUUUUC